AUGAAAUACUUUUCUAUUAUCAAAACAUUGGAUGGGUCACUUGUAUACCCUGAUUAUACUGCAUCCAUACAAGUUACUGGCUUUGGUCUUAGAUUGUUAUUACAGGUUACAGGUGGAUUUCAUGAUGCUAAACAAAGAGCACAUUGGGAAAAAAAAGCUGAACGUAAAGAAUUAUUAAUGCAUCAAAUGAAACAAUAUCAUAAACGAAAAAAACAGUUUCAGGAUAUUGCUAAUGCAAAAGAAAGUAACGAUAUUAAGACUAUUCAAGACAAUAUAGAAAUUACAUGGAAUUAUAUUACCGAGACGCUAGUGGACACAGCACGCGCUACUCUCCCACACAAGAAAGAAGAUCAAAGAAAAGGAAAACUAUCCGGAAGUGGACGAAACCUAUCUAAACCCAAAUCUUGUACCAUUAACAACCACUUGGUAAAAGCGGUACUUAAGGCCCGUCAAAAGCAUGAACGAGCUAAAAUGCUAGCCAAGCAACUACUCACAGAAAUUGAUGAUGAGGAAUGGGAUACAAUCUUGAAAAGUGUAAACGAAAAAUCAGCAGCAGGAGUCACAGGAGUUAAUUAUAUUAUGAUUAAAAAAUUACCUCCAGGAUUACAGAAUUUAAUUUGA